UCUUGUGAAGAUCUCAUGGCCAACAACAUCCUUCGAAUCUUCAUCUGGAUUCUCGGAACCAGUGCUUUCAUUGGCAACACCUUCGUCAUUGGCUACAGACUGGCCAAUUCCGGAUGGGGGCGAUAUACGACAGUUCAAUCCAGUCUGAUCACGAACCUAGCCAUCUCGGACUUCUUGAUGGGUAUGUACAUGAUUACCAUAGCGUCAGCCGAUGUGUACUACCAAGGCGAAUAUGCUGCCCAUGCUGAUGACUGGCAGAGUAGUGUCCUCUGCAAGCUUGCUGGAAUCACUUCCGUUGUUUCCAGCGAGGCUUCGGUGUUUCUGAUCAUGGUCAUCAGCGUGGAUAGGUGUUUUCACAUGGUUCUGCCUUUCAAACCCGAAUUCCACCUUUCAGUCCGCGGUGCCCGGGUGGUCGGACUUGUUAUCUGGGUAACUGCAGCCUUUCUCGGUAUUCUCCCAACUCUUAUCCCGUCUUUCGUCAAGGGUCAGUUCUAUGGUCAAUCCGGAGUCUGUCUGGCUUUGCCGUUGACUGUUGAUCGUCCUGCAGGAUGGCAUUACUCCAUCUCCUUGUUCAUCGGUCUCAACUUUGCCGCGUUCCUGGUGACUCUCAUAAGCUACAUAGCCAUCUAUUGCACAUUCCAGCUGUCGAAGCAGCAUAUAGCCGGGAUGAAGAACACGUCAAAGGAGGAUAUGCGAUUGGCUGAAAACCUAAAGUUGGCAUCUAAGAUGGCGCUAGUUGUUGGUACAGAUCUGGUCUGUUGGUUACCGAUCAUCAUCAUGGGCUUGAUGUCCGCGAGUGGAACUUUGACCAUUUCUGCGCAGGUAUAUGCAUGGACAGCAGUGUUCGUGCUCCCAGUCAAUUCAUCCCUCAAUCCAUACCUCUACACCCUCGCAUCAAUACGCCAAAGGAGACGUAAGUCCGCGGCUAGUCGAAGUAUGAAAUAUGAAGACAAGACCAUUGGUAGUAUCUUUUACGACACCUCAAUCAUAUCUGCAUUCACGUCCUUGCCCGACCCUUCACCAGAACGGCUUGGGGAAUGGAUGAAACUUAACAGACGCCCUCUCGGACGCUUAGAAGCCAAUGCGAUUCAACGUGACGUCACAAAAGCAGUGGAAAGAUUGAAGGAAUCGGGGCUGUGGAAUGACGUCACACUCAACAUGAACCGAAUUGCAGUCCAAACAGAUAGUGGUGGAAAAAUCGUACACGCCUUUAUUGUGCUCGACUCACCUUUGACCUUUCUUGAAUCACGUGAUGAUGAUCAGGUGACCAGCCUGAGCAAUGACGAAAACACCGACAUCGUCCUCAAUAUGAUUGCGCGGGUAAAUACACCAAAAUGAAAUUGAAUACGAUUAUGUAUAUAAAAAAAAGUAUCGUAUUUUUGAAGAAAUUAUUUCCCAUAUUCAGUCGCUGCAACUUGGGGAAGAUUCAAAUUUCAUUUGUAACAUGUGUGUAAGAUUUUAUUACACUUUGCCUCAAACAAAUCAAUGUAGAAAUGA